AUGGCCAUUUCCCUGUGGACAUCUUUCUGCCAUGUUAUCUUUCUGCUGCUUCCACUCCGCACCCAGGAACCAGACAUGGGGAGCUUCGAGGAGGGAGAAAAGCACCAGAGUGUCACCCAUGGGGAAGCUGCCGUCAUCCGAGCACCACGCAUCGCCAGCUUCCCCCGGCCUCAGGUGACCUGGUUCCGAGAUGGCCGGAAGAUCCCACCCAGCAGCCGAAUAGCCAUCACACUGGAGAACACCCUUGUCAUCCUGUCAACGGUGGCUCCCGACGCAGGCCGUUACUACGUGCAGGCAGUUAAUGACAAGAACGGGGAUAACAAGACCAGCCAGCCUAUCACUCUUGCUGUGGAGAAUGUUGGGGGGCCUGCUGACCCCAUUGCACCAACCAUCAUUAUCCCACCCAAAAACACCAGCGUUGUAGCCGGGACCUCAGAGGUGACCAUGGAGUGUGUGGCCAACGCCAGGCCUCUGAUUAAGCUCCACAUUAUUUGGAAGAAGGAUGGGGAGCUAGUGUCUGGAGGCAUCAGCGACUACAACCGUCGGCUUACCAUCCCCAAUCCCGCGGUCAGUGACGCCGGCUACUAUGAGUGUGAAGCCAUGCUGCGCAGCAGCAGUGUGGCCCCUGUCGCCCGGGGUGCCUACCUCUCUGUGCUGGAGCCUCCUCAGUUUGUCAAGGAACCAGACAGCCACAUCACAGCAGAGAUGGAGAAGGUGGUGGACAUCCCCUGUCGGGCCAAAGGUGUGCCUCCGCCCUCCAUCACUUGGUACAAGGAUGCAGUGGUGGUGGAGGUGGAGAAGCUGACCCGCUUCCGGCAGCGAGGUGAUGGCGGCCUGCAGAUCAGUGGCCUGGUGCCCGACGACACCGGUAUGUUCCAGUGCUUUGCCCGCAACGCAGCCGGCGAGAUGCAGACCUCCACCUACCUGGCCGUCACCAGUAUCGCCCCCAACAUCACCAGGGGCCCCCUGGACAGCACGGUGAUUGACGGUAUGUCAGUGGUACUGGCGUGUGAGACUUCAGGGGCACCCCGGCCAGCGAUCACCUGGCAGAAAGGAGAACGCAUCCUGGCCAGUGGCUCCAUCCAGCUCCCUCGCUUCACACUGCUGGAGUCGGGUAGCCUGCUGGUCAGCCCCACGCACAUCUCUGAUGCCGGCACCUACACCUGUCUGGCGACCAACUCCCGGGGGGUGGACGAGGCCUCAGCAGACCUGGUGGUGUGGGCCCGCACUCGUAUCACCAAACCGCCGCAGGACCAAAGCGUCAUCAAGGGUACUCAGGCCUCCAUGGUGUGUGGAGUAACCCAUGACCCCCGAGUGACCAUCAGGUACUCACCCUAUGUUCCCCAACUCCGGGUGCUCACCCCUGAGGGUGACCCUCCAAGAGAAGCAUGUGAGGAGCAAGUGCCCAAACUAAGGUCGCCCCCUCCCCCAUGGGGAAGCCAGGACUUUGGCACAGGAUUGUGGCCUCCAGGGAACUCAGUCCUGCUGUGGAAGCCACUGGAGAGGCUAUGGAUGGACAAAGCCAAGAGAGGUGUAAACGCCAGGGCCCCUUCCAGCUUGGACAAGGACACCUGGGCCAACUCCCACCCGUACCCCAACCCCAAGAAAAGCUUCAAGAACUAA